GUCUGCCCCAGAUACCUACCUAUGGAGUCCUUGUCAACUUCGCUUACGGAAAGGCGUGUUCUGGCUUGAUGGCGUAACGCAUGGACAACCUGAGUACAUGGGAAGUUUGGGAUAUAAGAAAGGUUCACCCUUGACUCAGGUGGUCUUUUCCUUUGUUGCUGUUUUGUCAUUUUCAAUAUAGCUGAUCCCCAUUAUUCAUCCCUGGCAUUCCUCCUCCACCGACAAACGUCUUAUAAAAUUGGUCAUAUAUACCCCCAAAAACUACGCACUACAACUCAAUAUUCUACACAGACUCUCUGCGCCUGCCUAUCCAUUCCAACAAGAACCUAGACAUAAACCGGCGUAUUCGACAUCUGUCCCUCAUUAGGUCCAUCGUACGCUAGGCGAUCCUCCAUCUUUUCCAGUCACACACACACACACUCCAUACCUCAACAUGUCUGGCGCACAAUACACCAAUCUAUUCCUCGAAGGAUACAGCAAGGCCCACCGGGAUGCCAUCCGGGCUGAGGCUACAGCACAAGGCCGCACACUGAGUGUCAAGAACCCCAACCCUGGUGCCGUGCGAGUGGCCAAAAUCACCCGCAAGAACUGGUGGAAAUUCCAGUCCAAUGAAGAGGCUGCUGCCGAGGCAGCAAUGACGUUCGAUAAAUACAGCGAUGCCAAAUCUCUGCUUUCGGUAUCGUCGGCGGAGACGACUGAUCAGAAAAAGUAAGCAAGCCAGGGCUGCAGAGAAUCGACUCCACAUAGAAUUAACUUCCGGCAAAUGGCGAUGCGUGCUGACUGGGCUGAUGGUCAUGGGGAUGGCGCCGAUGACGAGGCUGAUUUCGGGUGCUGACAAUGCGGGUUAUCGAAAAAGGCGGCCGGUGACAAUGCUGAUGUUUGCUGCUGAUGCGGACGGAGAUUGAGGCGGCGUUCAAAAUGGGCGCAGGUUUACUGUGGGGGAAACUUCAGCCACAUAAAUGGGUUCUUCUUGUUGAUAUGCUUUUUUUGAUUCCACAUCUCAUGCCACGGUAUUUGUUUCUUUGAUAGCGACAAUGGAACAUAUUCCAACGCUCAAUA